AUGGGUGACAACAGCAUCAACGAGCAUCAUCUAUACUAUGCCUUGCCGGAGAGCUACGACCCAAUUACUAGUUCACUUGAUUUCGAGCAGUGGGUUCGUAAGUACAAGGCCUGUGCAAAGGCAAACAAAUGGAACGAAGAAGACAAGCUUAGGCAUCUGCCCCCUCUACUCAAGGGUGACGCUUGGAUUAUCUUCGACGACCUAGCAGACAACGAGAAGGAUACUCUGGAGAAGCUUGUCGAUAAUCUCACUAAGAAGUUGACGGUGGCUACGCAGAUACAGUGUGGUGAACAGCUCCAUCAGCGAGUACUAGACUAUGGCAAUGAGACCCUUCUGACCUACCAGAAUGAUAUUAGACGCCUGGCACAUCGAGCCUAUCCAGACAUGCAGGAGCAGCAGCUCAAACCGGUGGUUCUUAUGGCAUUCAUUCGUGGUCUUCGUGGACAUUCAAUCGAACUUGCACGUAAGGUUCGGAAUGCCAAUCCCACUACCCUGGAGAAGGCGUUGCAGAAGGCGCAAUUUAUCAUGUCGGAUCCGUUCAUCGAUGAUUCUGAACGACCAGAGCAAGACGCUAUGCAACAUGAGCUGACCGCUAUUGGUAAUAUGGAAAGACCGGCAGCAACUUAUGAACAAAAUGGUGACGACGUGGAGCCUACGAGUCUGAAUGCUUCAAGAAGAGACGAGAUCGUAGAGGACAAGCACUCUCAACUAUUCCUAAGGGAGCAGAAGAUCCGAGACUACGACGAGAGUAUCCUCGAACUCCCGGUGCUACGUGUGGUUAUUGUCUGA